CGGGUUUUUUCCGGGAAAACGCAAGGCACCUGCUUUUCCAUCACCACCAAAUCGAAGCAGGAAACCGCAGCAAAUUUAUGAUUACAAGCUUCGACCUUCGACGGACAGACUCCCAAUCGACUGAUCGAUCACUUCUUAUUUUAGUUGUUUUUUUCGCCCUCAUUUUAUCUUAUUUUGGUUUUGCUUCUUACUGAUUUCUACGCAGAAGGUCUCUUCUGUAGAUUGACCUUCAUCCCCCUCUCUCGCUUCUCCUCUCUUAGUCAAAGCGACCUCGAUUGGACUUCGCUAUCGCUGUUUCUCAAACCCUACUGUCAAUUUCGAUUUACAAUUACAGAGUGGUGAGUUUCGACGCAGGGGAUCAAUCAUGUUUACCAGGCUUUUCGGCAAACCCAAACAGGAAACCAAUGCCCUUGAAACGUUAGACAAGCUGAACGAGACACUUGAAAUGCUUGAAAAAAAGGAGAACGUCCUUCUUAAAAAGGCUGCUUCAGAGGUUGAAAAGGCCAAGGAAUUUACUAGAGCAAAGAACAAAAGGGCGGCAAUACAAUGCUUGAAGAGGAAAAAACUAUAUGAACAACAAAUUGAGCAGCUUGGGAAUUUCCAAUUGCGGAUUCAUGAUCAGAUGAUAAUGUUAGAAGGUGCAAAAGCUACAACUGAGACAGUUGAUGCAUUGAGAACUGGAGCAUCUGCAAUGAAGGCUAUGCAGAAAGCGACAAAUAUUGAUGAUGUGGACAAGACAAUGGAUGAGAUCAAUGAGCAGACUGAGAACAUGAAACAGAUACAGGAAGCUUUGUCAGCUCCUAUUGGUGCAGCAGCUGAUUUUGAUGAAGAUGAACUGGAAGCAGAAUUAGAAGAACUGGAGGGAGCAGAGCUGGAGGAGCAGCUUCUUCAACCUGCUACAACUGCUCCUGCAGCUCCGGUACAUGUUCCAGCAGGUAGGCAACCAACUCGCCCUGCCCCUCGGAAGAACACAGCUGAGGAAGAUGAGCUCGCUGCAUUGCAGGCAGAAAUGGCUCUUUAAACAGUUAUCAGCUCAUGGAGUAAACUGAGAUCAUGUAAAGUUUGGUUGUACCAUAUUGUGGCGAUUAUUGCUUGAGCUGAUAAUCCAUCUAGAUAUUACAUUUUUCUCAGUGUGCAUUCGCUGGUAAGAAGACAUAUUGUAUAGGUGGCAUAAAGUAACAACCCUCCGAAAAUAUGUAUCAUUUAGGAUCUUUUAAGAAGUUAGCUGCUUUAUUCGAGUAUCUUUUUUGCAAGUUUAUAUUUAAUGUCUGGCGCUCGUUGAAAUCAAUUACACUACGGCGUCAAUAUAGAUGAAUGCGCAUACUUAAAUUGUGGAGUGUGGAUUAUUAUUUUCCUAUUCUCUUUCUUUUUUUUUUUUCUUUUUUCUUGGAGAUGGGUGAUAUUAAGUUUCCAUCUAGGGUUGUUUUGGAUUCAAAUGGAGAAUUUUAUUGGCUCA